ACUUAACCACCGGGCACAGUGACUAGAAAACACUCAAUAACGAAGAGUUUGUCGUCACCCCUAAAAUAAAUCAUUUUCUUUAUGCUUACUCCAUUCACAAAUCACCAUUAUGUGAUAAAUAAUUGAUUGUAUAACUAAUUCUUUCUUUUCUCGGUGGUGAAUUGUUCUAGGCUAAACGAGAGUACAAGUCACUAGAAUUUAACUAGUGAGAGAUGGUUAUUCGCUUUUGAUGUUAUAAAUAAAUCUUCAGAUUUUUGUGUUAUACAGUACAAUGUACUAAAGAUAUCAUGCACUUUGAACAAAGAUAAAACAUCAAAAUGAAUACUUAUGUGCUACAAUUUUAAAACUAGUACACGUUAUAAACAGUUAAACUAAUUGUUGUAACAUAAUAUUUUUUUUGGCAAAACAUUUAAGUUUAGUUGUCCUUUUUUGAUAAAAAAAAAACAUAUUUCCUUGUCGUGCUCUGAUUUUGGAUAGCAAAAAAAAACUUGCACAGACAUUAAUGUAUGUGGAUACUAUAUACUUUUCUAUAGACCACAAAAACACAAUGAUUUCAUUCUAGAAUGCGAUGUGAACCAAAGGGUCAUAAACGAGUCAACUUGAAGCUGUUCUUGGAACUUGUGCAUGGCAAUGCAUCUAACAUGAGGAGGAGAGAUCGUCUGGUGGAGAAAAGAAAACAAAUUAUUGACAUUUUUGUCAUCGAGUGAUAAUUACGUCAAAAUGAUAGGUUGAUAUACGUACACGUGUAAAGCUUAUUUAAUGUCUUAAACAAAAUAGCCAGAUGCUUUUAAAAAAUCAUUCCUAUAUAAAUCAAAUCUUGAAACCGAGAGAUGAAGACAGAGAGUAAUAAGAAAAUAAACAUGUGCAGAGGUUUUGAGGAACAAGAGAGAAGAAGAGACGACGGAGGAUGCCGGAGAAUCAGAGCUCCGGUAAGCUGCGAUCUCUGCGGUGAGAACGCAGCCGUGUAUUGUGAAGCCGACACUGCUUUCCUCUGUAGGAAAUGCGAUCGAUGGGUCCACUCUGCGAAUUUUCUUGCUCGGAGACAUCUUCGGCGCGUGAUCUGCACAACUUGCCGGAGAUUAACUCAUCGUUUUCUUGUCGGAGAUAAUUUCAGUGUCGUCUUACCAGAGUCCAAAGAUAAAGAUACGAGUUGAAGAAGAUCGUAGAGUCAUUACAAAGUCACCUUUGUCUUUCUAUGUUCUAAUUUUUAGUUUCCUUCUCGUAGUUUGUUAGUUUUUGUGUUUUUAUUUCCUUUCUAAAGAAGUAAAGAUUGAAGUUAAAAUUAAAGAAAGAGAAGACUCGCCAGUGACCAAGAUGGAUAGUAACCACAGCUUUGUUUAUCUAUUACUAGUAAAAUAAGCUUUUAGACUCCCCAAACAAUAAGGAUGUUGAUUUCGUAGCAAAGCCCAUAGAGGAACAGACAGAAAUAAUAAAACAAA